CUGUCUCUGUGCGCCCUUUACGUCGUGCGUGAUUGCGUCACGGGCGGAAGGCUAUAAAAGCCUCGCCUCGCUGUCCUUUCGGUCUUUUGAGAGGCCUCCACAAAAUGGCGCCGAAAAGAGACAAGAAGCCGAAAAAAACAACUUGCAAGUAUAAUCUUGAUCUCACUCAUCCAGUAGAAGAUGGAAUAUUUGAUUCAGGAAACUUUGAACAAUUCUUGAAAGAAAAAGUUAAAGUCAACGGAAAAACAGGAAACCUGGGAAAUGUAGUUCACAUUGAACGCGUUAAGAACAAGAUCACAGUGACGUCUGAAAGACAAUUAUCAAAAAGAUACCUUAAGUAUCUCACUAAGAAGUACCUCAAGAAGAACAACCUUCGUGACUGGCUGCGUGUGGUGGCAUCUGACAAGGAGACCUAUGAACUGCGAUAUUUCCAGAUCAGCCACGAUGAUGAAGAAUCUGAAGCUGAGGAAUAAAAUUCCCUGUGCCUUCACUUUUUAUGACGAACAUACAGAGUGUACAAAUGAAACAUCUAUUUAUGAAAAUGAAUUAAUUUAUUACCAACUAAAGAACUUGUACACUGAAUUAAAACUUCAGGUCUCUGUGGGAGAUUGGGAUCUCUUGCACUUCCCAAACUGCAUUAAAAGGUUGUUUUAAUGAUC